AUGCCACUUCAAAAUACCAAGGAAUUACGGCAGCCCAAACCCUUUACGAAAGCCAAUGGGCAAUUGAAGAAAUCUUCCUUGUCAAAUAGUUCUGCAGAAAGCUGGAAGACUUCUUCACAACUCAAUUUAUCGCAAAAACCAUCUGAUAAAGAGUCUUGGAGAAUGUCAAGGCAGCUUCGUCGUCUGCAACAAACAGAAUCUGACUCUAUAACUGAAUCAAUACCAUCGUCAUUUGUAUCACAAAGCACGCCUAACCGAUUACCGCCAAAGCCUUUGCCUCAGGAACCGAUAGCUGAGAAUCCUUUGUUUGCUACAACUGAUAUGAACCAUAUGCUUGAUAUAUACACUGUGACUACGCCCUACUACAAUAACGAAGCUGUGCUUCAGCAACAUGGUUUUGUGAUGAAUGACAGUCAAUUUCCUUUGUAUCAAGAUCAGCCCCAAUUACAUGCAACUAUUAGCGACAACGUCUACCCUAUAAAUACUUUGUUAUCGUACGAUACACCUACGGUUACAGAUACCAUAGUAACGUGUCCCUCUUCAGCAACAAUGUUCGAUUAUUCGACUUACGAUUAUCAUCCAAUAAUCACUGACGAUCCUCUUUAUGUUCAACAACUUCAAAGUCAUAGCAACAUAUCACUGGAUCAAAGCGGUUGUCAACAGAUGUCACCUUUAGAUACAUUCGUCGUACCAACGAAGCUAGAUCAUCCAAGGGAGAGAACCACAAAGGCGAAUGAGGCUCUCGGAGCUACUGAUGAGCAAAAAUCAACGACGAUAAUCGACAGUUGCGAAACUAAAGUACGGCAGAUCACGGUUCAAUCGAUCAAUGCAGAACAUCGAGCUUGGAUUGAUAUUUUACCUUCAGACACAGGACUUUCAUUAGCCGAAAAGAUACAUAUUAUUGCAACAUUCAGAACGAAGAAAAUAGUAUCGAUAACAACCGCUUCAAACAGGAAAAUUCCUAUAGAUAACCGACUUGUAAUCGGUAGCUGGAUGGAAGCUGAAAAUUUUAAAGAUGGAGAACAAUGGUCAAUAGAAUGGAGCGACAACGACAGAGGCACCUUGGAUAAACUGAUAACAAAAUUUUUGCAGGUAAAUAACAGAGUAACACUGGAAUAG